AUGUCGUCCCGUUUACUGCCUCCGGAUUCUCCGGCUUCGUACACCGACGACUCAGACGACGACUUCCCGCUCGAAGAGCUCGAUCCGACAUCUCACCGAUUCAAUCCUUCGACAUCGGCAUCUCAUGAACACUCGUAUAGGCUUCCUCGGCAGAGCCGGGAAGCCCGAAGAUCUGCUGAGCGCCAGCACUCGCCAUCGUUUACAUCCCGAAUCGGUCUGAUGACCCUUCGCCGGAAACUUGGAGGCAGCCGUUUCGACCCAAAAGACGAGGAGGAGGAUCUCGAAGCGCUGAUAGCAGAUCGCAGAAAGUCACUAGAGCCUGGGAAGCAAAGCGACGAGAGCCUGCGGGCAGAAGAUGCCGAUACACCUCUCCUUCGGCCUGAAUCUUCAAGCUCCAGAUCUCGUUUGACGGCCUUUAGUGCCCCCACAAGCGGUCAGAGGACGACGAAAACCAAGAAUUCAGCUAGCACAGAUUUGAAUAGGACAGUUGAUCUAUCUUCUCCAUCCUCUACUUAUCCACCGAACGUUAUCUCGAACGCCAAAUACACACCGGUCACCUUUCUACCCUUCACUCUCUACAAUGAGUUCAAAUACUUCUUCAACUUGUACUUCCUACUGGUCGCACUGUCUCAGAUAAUACCGAAACUGAGAAUCGGGUACAUUAGUACAUAUAUCGUGCCUCUAGCGUUUGUCCUUAUGGUCACCCUUGGCAAGGAGGCCUACGAUGAUAUUGCGAGGAGAAGAAGGGAUGCAGAGGCAAAUAGUGAGGAGGUAGAGUGUAUGGUGUUCACGGAUAUACUGGCGGCUAAUAAGAAGGGAAAGAAGAAAGCGCGAAGAGGAUCCUCGGGAAAUAGCCACUCCAUCGCUAUUGACGGAGACGAUUCCGGUAUCGUGAGCAGUAUUGUGACCAAGAAAUCACGUGAUCUCAAAGUCGGUGAUAUCCUCCAUCUCAGAAAAGACCAAAGGGUUCCAGCGGAUGUUGUUCUCCUGAAAACAGUACCUGAUAUGUCUCACUCUGGUCUGGAUGCACUGGUGGACGACGACGGCCCAUCAGGAGAAGCUUUCAUUCGUACAGACCAGUUGGAUGGCGAGACAGACUGGAAAUUACGACUAGCAUCCCCCUUGACACAAGGCCUAUAUGCGACACAACUCCAGAACAUCACAAUCACAGCAGCUCCACCUUCUAAAGCCGUAAAUACUUUUGUUGGAACAAUAGAGUAUACCGACCCCAACGACCCUCGCAGCUUGAAAUCCCUCCCUCUUUCAAUCGACCAUACCGCAUGGGCCAAUACCGUACUUGCAUCCUCCACGCCUACCCUUGCUGCUGUUGUAUACACAGGCACACAGACUCGGCAAGCUCUGUCUACCUCCAAAUCGAGAUCUAAAACAGGUCUCCUCGAAAUUGAGAUCAACACUCUAACUAAGAUCCUCUGUGCUUUAACGCUCACGAUCUCAAUAUUGCUCGUCGUUCUCCAUUACACCUCCCCCAAAGACUCUACGAAUAGUGAAAAACAUAAAACACUUAACAAUAUGCCCUGGUACAUUGCCAUUCUUCGCUUCUUGAUUUUAUUCAGUACGAUUAUACCCAUCAGUUUGCGUGUGAAUUUAGAUAUGGGAAAGAGUGUUUAUGCAUGGUUUAUUGAAAGAGACAAGGGGAUUGAAGGAACCGUCGUUCGGACGAGUACGAUUCCUGAGGAGCUGGGGAGAGUUGAAUAUCUUCUUACUGACAAGACCGGUACUUUGACACAGAACGAUAUGGAGUUGAAAAAGGUUCACGUCGGCACAGUUUCGUAUGCCGGCGAAGCCAUGGACGAAGUUGCUGAUUAUAUACGCCAUGCAUUCCUAGAACAACAACAUAAUACCCCUGUCGACCCAUUUGCAGAUCCCACUGAGUCCGCCUCCCUCCAAAACACCCAAAGCCGCUCACGUCGAGAAAUUGGCUCCAGGGUAAGGGAUGUGGUUGUUGCUCUGGCCUUGGCCCAUAACGUCACCCCGACAACCGACGAUUCCACAGGUGAAACAAGCUACCAAGCUGCAUCGCCCGAUGAGAUCGCUAUUGUAAAAUGGUGUGAAAGCGUUGGGCUUAAACUUGUCCAGCGAGAUAGAAAGAGCAUCCAACUGGCUGGCGAGACCGGGAAAGUUGUGGUUCGAGUCAAAAUUUUGGAUAUUUUCCCUUUCACAUCAGAGGGCAAGAGAAUGGGCGUUGUUGUUCGAUAUCUGAAUCCGGAGGACACAUUUGAAAACCCAAACGGAGACAUUUGGUUCUUCCAGAAAGGCGCAGAUACAAUAAUGGCCAGGAUUGUUGCUUCGAAUGACUGGCUAGAGGAAGAGUGCGGAAACAUGGCUAGGGAAGGAUUAAGAACCUUGGUUGUGGGACGCAAGAAGCUUAGUAUUCAGCAAUACGAAGACUUUGCUAGCAAGUACAAAGCAGCAAGUUUGAACCUAAGCUCCAAUCGAGACGCUGAGAUGGGCAAAGUUGUGAGUGAGAUUCUAGAACAAGAGCUAGAGCUUUUGGGUGUGACUGGUGUAGAGGAUAGGCUCCAAUUAGAUGUCAAGCCAAGUCUGGAGCUACUUCGAAACGCGGGAAUCAAGAUAUGGAUGUUGACUGGCGACAAGGUCGAAACUGCCCGAUGUGUGGGUGUGAGUGCCAAAUUAGUUGCAAGGGGCCAGUUCAUCUACACAAUUGAAAAGCUUAAGCAAAAAGACUCCGCUUACGACUCUCUGGAGUUUCUAAAGAGCAAACCUGACAGCGCGUUGAUAAUCGAUGGCGAAUCACUCUCGUUGUUUCUCGACCAUUAUAAGGACCAGUUUAUUUCUAUUGCCACUCGCCUACCAGCCGUUAUCGCUUGCCGCUGCUCACCGACCCAAAAGGCUGACAUCGCAACCUUGAUUCGUACAUACACGAAAAAGAGAAUCUGCUGCAUUGGCGAUGGUGGAAAUGAUGUUAGCAUGAUUCAAGCGGCAGACGUGGGCGUUGGUAUCGUGGGGAAAGAAGGCCGACAAGCUAGCUUAGCGGCCGAUUUCAGCAUUCUGCAAUUUAAGAAUCUCGUCAAACUAUUAUUAUGGCAUGGAAGGUGCAGUUAUAAGAGAAGCGCUAAGUUAGCACAGUUCGUCAUGCACAGGGGCUUAGUCAUAAGCGUCUGCCAAACGUUGUUCAGUAUCGCUAGUCGUUUUGAACCGAUUGCGCUCUACCAGGGUUAUCUACUUGUCGGAUAUGCUACUAUUUACACGAUGUUUCCUGUCUUUUCUCUUGUCCUGGAUCGUGAUAUCGAUGAAUCGCUUGCCAAUCUCUACCCAGAACUAUACAAAGAACUUACAUCAGGCCAAUCGCUCAGUUACAAAACUUUCUUCAUUUGGGUCCUUGUGUCAGUCUACCAAGGUAGUGUCAUUCAAGGCAUCAGUCAGCUUCUUGUUCGCUUCAACUCCACCGAUACGGAAGAAAUACUGCAAGCGAAAUUUUUGAGAAUGGUUACAAUAAGUUUCACAGCGCUGGUCUUGAACGAGUUGAUUAUGGUGGCUUUGGAGAUUACCACUUGGUGUGUUUGGAUGAUUGUGGCAGAGGUCGGGACGUUGGUUAUUUUCUUUGCUAGCUGGCCUCUGAUUAAAGAGUUGUUGGAUUUGGAGAGUGUUAAGAGUAUUUGGUAUUGGAUUGAAGUUUCAGCUAUUGUUGCAGUUGCCAUUGGGCCUGUUGCCGUGGGUAGGGCUCUAAGAGGUUGGUGGCGGCCGGAGAGUUACCAGAAGGUGCAGGCUGUGUAA